AUGGCAGCCUACCAAGUGUUAGUAUUAUUUUUCGCUGCAGUGAUAGCAUCGGGGACUUCAAACACACACAUAUUUGGUGGUCGAUGCUCGCGACGGGACCCCAAUGUGGACGCCUGCUUGCUCCGCAGCUUCAACUCAUUCAUCGAGUACAUGAAAGGAGGAGCCCCUGAACUGGGAAUUGAAGAGGCGGAACCUAUUGUAAUAGAUGAGCUGUCAAUCGCACUGGGUGGAGGUCCCGAUGGCUACCGAGCCAGCUUCAAGGAUAUUCAAGCCAUAGGAGCUUCUAACAUGACCAUCACUAAUGUGAGGUCAGACCUAGAAACGCAUCAGUUCCAGUUGACACUAUUCGGUCCCCACAUCAGUGCGCGCGCACGUUACCGUUCAUCCGGCGUGCUACUGCUCGUGCGCGCGUCUGGUGGUGGAGAAUACUGGGGAGAAUACGACGGUGUGAAAGCGAAGGUAUACUUCCGCGGAGAGCCGUACACUCGCAACGGUCGCACCUACCUCAAGCUGCAGCAGCUCAAACUGGACUUCUCCGUCAAGGACAUUCAGAUGGGCGUCGAGAACUUGCAGAAUAGCAACGCUGUUUUAGAGGCUGCCCUGAACCUGUUCAUCAACACCAACGCCCAAGAGUUGCUGAAGGAGAUGAAGCCAGAGUUGAAACGAGACCUGGCAGAGAAGAUGUCACGCUUCCUCGACAACGUGUUCGAGAAGAUUCCAUACGACGACUGGAUCGUGGACUAG